ACGACGACAGCUACGAUGAGCCGAUGAGCUAAGGGCUGCAGAGCGCGCAAAGCGGCUCUUAUUUCGCGAGAGUAAACAUUCAAUCUUUUUUGUGUACAAACAAUAGAUCUUUGUCGUGAAUAAAUAAAAAAUCGAGUCCAAAAUGGCAUCGGUACAAGAGCGGAACAAAUUGAAGCGAGUGUCAUACGAUACAUGGAGCACGAGAGAGCAAUUAUGCUUAGCUACAAGUGUUCUGAAAUCAGGAGACCAAAAUUGGAUGGGGGUAUCAAGAUCGCUAAAGCCUUUUGCAGAGAAAGAGGCGCUCAGACCACCAGAUUGGUUUUCACAAAAAUCGUGCGCAAUACAGUACGCGAUAUUGAUUGAAAAUGCUGAUGCUCCAAAACGUAAGAAACGUGAGAGCGGGGAAACAACGGGAGAGUCAAUAGUGAGAAGAUUGACACAGGAAAGAAUAGCGGAAUUGGGUCAGAUAUUGGCUUUUCAAAGGGACGAAUAUCAGCAGUUAAAAGCUGAAGUAAAUCUAUUGAGAUCAGGAACAAUAACGGAUGAAAAAUUGCAAAAAAUGUGGUUAUCGAUAGAACAGGAGGAACGAGAACAGGAGCAAAAAUGUCGAGCGCAUGCUGCGUGGCUGGCAAAGCGCCAACAAAAGCAAGAGGUUCAGGCAUCGAUGCAAACAGUAACGAUUGCCUCUCCCAGAAAAAGUUUGGAAGCUACGAGUGAGACGCAGGAGAACAGUGAGUCAAUGAAUGAGGAGGAAGAGAAGAAAAAUCGCGGUGGUCGAUCGCCACUUUUAACGAGUCUCCUAAAAUCACCUAGUCCCACUACGCAAAUGCAGAAUCCAACAUCCUCUGCUCAAGUCAAUUCACCUACGAUAGCGAGUCUUCUCGGAUCCAGUCCUAAAGUUCCCAGUACUCAAAUAUCUACCAGUAUUCCAUCACAACUACAUCAACUCGUUUCUAGUACUUUGACCAAUACAGUGAAUGAAAGACCCUCUGCAGGAGCGCCAACUUUAUCGAUGCUCCUUGAAUUACCGGCCAAUUUACAGAGAGCGUCACUCGCGAGCCUACAACAAACGGCUUCUAGCGUACAGCAACAAAUUGCACCCCCAGAAAUUCAUAUCCAGAGCCAUCCGAUAAAACACACAAUUCCACAAAACGAGUCAUUGAAUGUCAAAACUUCUACAGUUCCAGCAAGUAUUCCCGUUACUGAGAAUAUGGUACAAAUUAUUGAUCAAGUGGAUGACGUUAUCCGGAAGGAUAUCAUGGCUGAUGUGAUAAACAAGGAUGAAAUAAAUGAAAUCAUCGGAGAUCUUGAAGAACUCAUAAAAGAAGAGAUAACUGCUAGUCCUCAAAAAGCACCUUUAAAAAUGAUGCCAACGAUCCCAGUCGUCGUAGAAAAUUUGAAUGUUCCACAGGUCGAAAAACUUGUUCAGGAACGUCUUGAACCUCGAGACGUUGAUGAGCCUGUUUCAUUGUCUAAUUCGCCUCAGAGUGAGAUGGCAAUCGAAGAAAUUGAUCAAAGCACAUCGAGUAUUGCAGAAAUUAUCGGCACCAUUGCUAUCGAACCUGUUGAACCCAAAGUCUCAGUUGCACCGGUAAUCGCUGAGGAAUCGUCAAAAGUAGGAGAAAAAAUAAAUGAGGAAGUUGAAGUAAAUCAGCAAGAAAUUAAGGUGGAAGAAGAAAUUGUGCAAGAGCAGACAAAAACCGAAAAAAAAUCUGUGGAGGAACGAGAAAUUGCUGAUCAAUCAGAAAAAGAGGAAAAUAAUAUCGAGCAAUCCAGUCCGACAAUUGAAAAACCAACAGAAAAAAUGAAACCUGUAGAAACGGAGAAAACUGAGGUAGAGCCUGAGAAAAAGUGUGAGGAUAUGACUCCAAAAAUCGAGUCUAAAGGCACAGUAUCGACGGUCGAAACUUCCCAAGAAAAUGUCAGUGAAAAAGAGAACAAUGAGACUCUCCUGAGUCAAAAAAGUGAAGCGAUUCCAGUCGAAAACGAGACAAAUGAAAAACCUGUCGGUGAUGAAAAAUUGGGUAAAGAAAAGGUGGCAAAAAAUGAUAUGGAAAUCGAUCAAAUCGAGUUGAAUCUCGCAAAAAUUACAGGUGACCAGACUGAGGUAGGAUCGGCGGAGGUCGUGAGUGUUUCUUCCGAAGUAACGACCGACGUUCCGAGCAUCGAAGACAAUGAGAAAUCUCAGGAUAUCAGUACGAUUCUCGAGGAUGAUGAGAGCUUUCAGAGCAAUUCAAGUAAAAAGAAAGACACCGAUGAGCAAUCAUCGGUGGCAACAAAUAUGGUCGAUAACUUCGAUUCCCAAGAAUCCUCCAAAGAUGAACCUAAUCCAAAAGAGGCUACGACGGAAGAAACAGCGAAUGAAAUUUUGAGCAAAGUAGAAAGUCCCAAAGAGGAAGUUUCUGUUGCAGAAAAAAAUGGUGACGAAACGAUCAAAGUGGAGGAUUCGAAAGAUUCGGAGGCGACAACUACCUCGGAGGCAUCACAAGAAGUUGAGAAAAAGGAAAAGAUCGAAGAAGCCACAUCAACCUCGAAAGUGGAAGAGAAAAAAAGUGAGGUGGAGAAGAUUGAAGUUGAAUUGAAGGCUGAGAAGGAAGAAACUGAAAAAAUCGAAGAAAAAGUGGAAAAGAUCGUUAAAGAGGAUAACGAAGACGAAGAAAAGGAGGGAGUGAAAGAAGAAAAAAUAAGAAAAGGAGGCGAAGUUGAAGAAUCCUCAAAACCAGAAGUUCAAGAGGUGGAGGAGAAAAAGUGCGUGACCCCGAUUCCGUUUGAGGAAAAACCUGAAAUCAAGGACGAAUCGGACACCGAUAGUUCCAUCAAACAACUCGAUGAAUCGAAGAAAGAAGAAAUUGAGUUGAAAGAAGAAAAGGAAGACGAAGAAAAAACAGUGGAGAACGAAAUAAAGAAAGAAACUGUUGAAUCGUCCGGUAGCAUUUGCGACGAUAUCGGUGACCUUGACGAGGAAGAAUCUUCACUCAGUAAAUUGAGUGGUGGCCGAGCCAUGAAAACCUACUCAAAGAAACAAACAAUCGCUGUUGACAGCGAGCCUGAGAACGAAAGUAGUGGCGAAAAUGCCGAUUACCGAGCUUGGAAAAAAGCUGUUAUGCUCGUUUACAACCGAUUGGCUACCCACAAGUACGCCUCCCUAUUUCUUCGUCCGAUCACCGAGGAUCAAGCUCCUGGUUAUCAUUCAGUUAUAUUCCGACCAAUGGAUCUCUCCACUAUUAAAAAGAACAUCGACAACGGUACGAUCAGAUCGACCAUGCAUUUUCAGCGAGACGUUAUGCUCAUGUUUCAAAAUGCUAUUAUGUACAACAAACAAGAUACUUUUGUUUACAAAAUGGCCUUAUCCAUGCAAGAAGAAUGUUUGCAACAUAUGCAGAUUCUAGUUCAAGUCACGGGUGAAGGACAACUGCGAAGAGAGACGCGAACGGCUGCAAGCAGUAGCAGCGAAACGAGCGAUUCGAGUGUUAAGAGAAAGAGAAGUCACAUAACGCCGAGUCCCCACGACACAGACAGUCCGCGUGGAAAAAAGCGCAGAAAGUCGGAAAAUGAUUAGGCUCGGAUAAUUUCAAGAGAGUAAAAACAGAUGGGAAACGAUUCAUAUUUGUGAGGCCUCUUUAAAUUAAUCACGAUCGAUAAGUGUACAAAAGUAGUUUGAACUAAUCGUCGCCACGAGCGUGUGGCUCAGUGCAGUAAGAAAAAAAAAUCAGGAGAUACUAUUUCUUCAGUUGUUUUUUUUACCAAUUGAAAAAAAAAAACAAGCAAUACUCUAGUGUUUCUUGAAAAUGUCAUCAAAUUAAUCGAAAAAUGCCGUCGACUUGUAUAUAAAUUUACUAGUUUAUAAACUUCAAUUUAAAAAUUAAUUAAGAAACUGACAACAAAUUAAUUUGUAUAAAAGACUAGGUAAUAAAAAAAUAAUAAUAAGUAUAAAAAUUGAAAAAUGGGUUAUUACGCUCGCGGCGAUUCGAGAAAAAUGAUUUGCAGCUCUGACGAAGAAGAAGGUUAUCCAGCGACUUCGCAGCAUUCGUCACGAACGAAUUCUAAUAUGUCUCAGAUGAAUCAGCGUGACAAACGAAAUCUCAUACUCGGAACUUUCGGUGAAGCUGUAAGUGAAAGAUCGGUAGUGGAUCGAUGAAUGAAAAACAACUUUUAUUUCUCGUUACGAAAAGCCGCCACUUCCUCUUCCACCUGUUUCGGACGACACCGAUCGCCAAUUUUGGGCCGAAGAUGAACUUAGCAGUUGUGACUCCAGACUUCAUCUCGUUAUCGCUAGACGCAGGAGAAGACACAGCGUCGCUUACAGAAAUCGAGCCGCGGUACAUCGAAGUCGCUCUGAAUUCGUUCAAUCUUCAAGCUCCAGCACUGAAACUACACUUCUCAACGUCCCACCUUCGGUACGAAGAAGACAAAGACAUCGGAACUGUCCGGGAACUUCGAGAGUCCAAAGGCCGAGAGUUACAAAUAGUGGUGUCCAAACAAAAUUAAAUCCAAAAACGAUGUCACGUUUAGUAGCAGGGAAUCGCUUAGCAUCAGGUUGCACGAUCGUUCAGCCUAACGUGCAUAAUCAGAGAUUGAAUUUAUCGCUCUUAUCAAAUCGGAAGAAUGGCGAAACGAGUGGAGCGACGCAAACGCCAGAGAACAUUAUGCCAGCGCGAAUUUCUCCGAAACCCGAGACCGGCAACGUUAGGAGAAGUCGUAUAGGAAAAAUUCGUCAGUCAACUAAAUCCAAACGGAAUUGAAUGGAUCGAUUUACGUGUUUUUCGAAAAAUGUGUAAUUAUUCUUGUACUAUAUUUUAACGUCAGAGUUUUAGUUCCGAAUCAUUGUUCAACGUUAGAUAUAAUUUAACAUCUGCGAAAAUCUAAUGUGAAUUUAUCAUAGAAAAUACAGUAAUUACAACAA